AUGACCAGGGACAUUACGAUAAUAGAAAUUGACUUGGAAAACUUUGAAGUACACAACAGGUUGGCGCUGUAUAAGAACUUCUCCCUGGCUUCAGAACCAGAUUCCUUCAGACUGACACUGGGCGAGUACAGCGGGAACGCAGUAAUAGUCUUGGUCAGUGGUGAGCUGUUCUCUGCUAAAGACAAGGGUCUCGAUUCACAUGGUGCUAAGCACUGUGCACAGAGGUUCAAAGGAGACUGGUGGUACAGAUCCUGCCAUACAUCAAACCUGAACGGUCAGUACUUGGGAGGAAAACAUUAUUCAGAAGCAGACGGAGUGAACUGGACGUACUGGCGAGGUCAGUAUUACUCCCUGAAGAGAACCGUGAUGAAGAUCAGAUUAAUAGAGUUCUGA